AUGCCUGUUCAUCAUCUCAUGGUUGGCACCUGGACUCCUCCGGGUGCCAUCUUCACUUUUGCCUUUGACGACGAAGCUCUCACGCUCGAACUUGUCAAGAAGACUGACAUCCCCAAGGAUGAGCCUAUCUCUUGGAUGACAUUCAGUCAUGAUCGCAAAGCCAUAUACGGCGCUGCCAUGAAGAAGUGGUCGAGCUUUGCUGUCGAAUCACCAACUUCCAUAACGCACCAAGUGUCUCACCCAAUGGAUCACGAUCCCAACGCUUCCCUCGCCACGACAAAUACCCGCGCCAUCUUCCUCCUCGCCGCAACCAAACCCCCAUACGCCGUCUACUGCAACCCCUUCUACGACCACGCUGGCCACGGCGCUGUCUUUACCACCGACUCGUCCACAAAAGCUCUCAAGGAUAAUGUCCAGAACUACGAGUACCAGCCCAACACGGGAAUCCACGGAAUGGUCUUUGACCCCGAGGAGGAGUAUCUUUACUCCGCCGACCUGCGCGCCAAUAAGCUCUGGGUCCAUCGCCGUCAUGGUAAAGAUGACCCGUCGCUUGAGCUUGUUGGUUCCGUGGACUGCCCUGACGCCCGAGAUCACCCUCGCUGGGUAGCCAUGCAUCCUACGGGUAAUUACCUCUACGCGCUCAUGGAGAAGGGCAACCGUAUCUGCGAAUAUCUCAUCGACCCAGCCACUCGUCUCCCUGUCUACACCCACAAAAGCUACCCCCUUAUUCCUCCUGGCAUCCCCGACCGAUGGACACAGUACCGCGCCGAUGUGUGCGUCCUGUCGUCGUCGGGCAAGUACCUCUUCGCCUCAUCCCGCGCCAACUCAUUUGAUCUGACGGGCUACGUCGCCGCCUUCAAACUGUCAGACGCAGGACACAUUGAGCGACAGAUCUGCCUGAACCCGACACCUACGAGCGGAGGACACAGCAACGCAGUUGCGCCUUGCCCAUGGAAUGACGAGUGGGUGGCUAUCACGGACGAUCAGGAAGGUUGGCUGGAGAUUUACCGCUGGCAGGGUGAGUUCCUUGCGCGUGUUGCGAGAGUGAGGACACCAGAGCCAGGAUUUGGAAUGAAUGCCAUCUGGUAUGAUUAA